CUCCGCCAGCGCGGAGCAAACAGGUGAUCAGCUGCAGCGCCUCCGGGACGCCAGUCGCAGCGCGGUCCUCCGCCUCUGAGUGAACACAAACUACAAAUCCAGCCAUGUGACACAAACCAAGCCCACAGUGACAGGCCGAGACGCUCGACUCGCGCUCCGACGCGCGCUCCGUGACGACCUGCUGUUAUGCGGAACUUGUGCGUUCUCGACAUGUCAGAGCCGCGGCUUCCUAUUUACUGAGGCGUUUUACGACCAGAGGCAACUGCGCGUUCGGCGCUGGCGGUGAACGUUGACGCUGAGGCUGAGACCAGCGGCUCCGCGUUCAGACGGGAUGAAUGGAGCUGUGCGUAAAAGCUGACGCCCAACUGGAGUCUUGAGGCGCAGAAACUAUGCUUUUUACUCGGCUACGCCGCCGUUGUCUGUUCGUGUCGCUGACUUGAACGCGAGUUAUUCUCUCAGCUUUUCUGUUUUAGUCGCUUUUUACUUUUCGCGUAAGGUUCCCCUGCCUAUUCAAGAGAAUGAAGUUCAACGGGUACCUGAAGCUCCGCAUCGGCGAGGCGGUGGACCUGAAGCCCACCACCUUCUCCCUGCGCCACAGCGUCAUCUUCAACAAAGCCCACUCCUCCCUGGACCCGUACAUCGUGGUGAAGGUGGACGACUUCAAGGUCGGCCAGACGCACACGAAGCAGAAGACCAACGUGCCCACGUACAACGAGGAGUUCUGCCUCAACGUGAACGACGGCAAGCAGAUCGAGCUGGCCGUCUUCCACGACACGCCGAUCGGAUACGACGACUUCGUGGCCAACUGCACCAUCCAGUUCGAUGACCUCAUCAAAACCUCGGGGGGAGAGACCUUCGAGGGAUGGAUGGACCUGGAGCCGGCGGGGAAGGUCUACGUCCACGUCACCCUCAGCGGCUCCUUCACCGACGACGAGGCCAUAGUGAGAGAGAAGCAGUUCAAGCAGUUCACGCGGAAGCGUCAGGGAGCGGUGAGACGGAGGAUCCACCAGGUCAACGGCCACAAGUUCAUGUCCACCUUCCUGCGGCAGCCGACGUUCUGCUUCCACUGCAAGGAGUUCAUCUGGGGCGUCUUUGGAAAGCAGGGGUACCAGUGCCAAGUCUGUACCUGCGUCGUGCACAAGCGCUGCCACCAGCUGGUCGUCACCGUGUGUCCGCUCAUGAAGAGCCCGACCAACGAGCAGCCCACGAACCAAGGCUUCAGCAUCAACCUUCCUCACAAGUUCAACAUCCACAACUACAAGUCCCCCACCUUCUGUGACCACUGCGGCUCGCUGCUGUGGGGCAUCGUGCGCCAGGGCCUGCACUGCAAAAUCUGCAAAAUGAACGUCCACAUCCGCUGCAAAGGCAACGUGGCGCCCAACUGCGGCGUCAACAGCGUGGAGCUGGCCAACAAGCUGGCAGAGAUGGGCCUGCAGGCCGGGGGGCUCUCCAAGCGCAACUCGGUGGCCAAGAUCGCCGGUCCGACGGCGGCGCCGGCCGAGAGGAGGGAGAGCGUGGCCCCGGAGCAGCAGGCUCCCAGACUGGGCCUGUCCGACUUCACCUUCCUGCAGGUUCUCGGCAAAGGCAGCUUCGGCAAGGUGAUGCUGGCGAGGCUCAACGACAGGGAGCGCGUGUUCGCCGUGAAGGUGCUGAAGAAGGACAUCAUCCUGCAGGACGACGACGUGGAAUGCACCAUGACGGAGAAGCGGGUCCUGUCGCUGGCGCGCUGCCACCCCUACCUCACACAGCUGUUCUGCUGCUUCCAAACGCCGGACCGUCUCUUCUUCGUGAUGGAGUUCGUGAACGGCGGCGACCUCAUGUUCCACAUCCAGAAGUCGCGGAAGUUCGAGGAGCCCAGGGCUCGGUUCUACACGGCGGAGAUCACCUCCGCUCUCAUGUUCCUGCACAGCAAAGGCAUCAUCUACAGAGACCUGAAGUUGGACAACGUCCUUCUGGACAAAGAUGGACAUUGUAAGCUGGCAGACUUCGGCAUGUGCAAAGAGGGCAUAUUUGAAGGCGUGGCCACGGGGACGUUCUGUGGGACUCCAGAUUACAUCGCUCCCGAGAUCCUGCAGGAGAUGCUGUAUGGGCCGUCUGUGGACUGGUGGGCGCUCGGCGUGCUGCUGUACGAGAUGCUGUCAGGCCACGCCCCCUUCGAGGCCGAAAACGAGGAUGAUCUCUUCGAGUCCAUCCUCAACGAGGAGAUCUUUUACGCCUCGUGGCUCAGUGCCGAAGCAGUGAACAUACUCAAAGCUUUUCUGACCAAAAACCCAGCCCGGCGUCUGGGCUGCGUGGCCUCGGAAGGAGGCGAGAGCGCAGUGACCGGCCACGCGUUCUUCGCCGCCAUCGACUGGGAGAAGCUGAACCGUAGGGAGAUCGAGCCGCCGUUCAAGCCGAGGAUCAAAACGCCAGAAGACGUUAACAACUUCGACCCGGACUUCACUCAGGAAUCGCCGACCCUCACGCCCAUCGACGACCCCCUGAUCCCCCCCAUCAACCAGGAGGAGUUUCGUAACUUCUCCUUCACGUCCCCUGAGCUGCUGGAGAGCUAAGCUUCCCGUUGGCCUGGACCUCCUCACCGCGUCCCACUCUUCUGCGUCUGCGGUUUUAUCCUGGACAGUUCCCGGUGACUCAUGAUGUACGAUGCUGUCACAUUCCCCAGAGACACAUGGGUGCAAAGCACCAUGGCUUCUGCCAAACACGUCCUUGACGAGAACUAGGUCUGCACCUGGUGAACUCUCCUGAAGCACUGCUGUAAUGCCUGGAUGUUUUAACUGUUACAUGGCUUCACUGGGACGCAGAGACGGCGUAUCUGUCGCUCUGUUGCAAAACUUGAAAAUAGUUUUUUACUGUCAAACUGUUAUAUUGUGUGAUUUACUGUGAUGCAAUUACCAGCGUUUUUUGCCAGAUACUUAAAUGAAAAAGAACCGUUUGGAGCAUAAUGGUGUGGCUUGUGUGUCAUUUUCAUACCAGCGCUGUCCGGAAAAAGGAACAAAUGAUGUGGCAUUUAAUCAGAUAAACUCCACGAAAACUCAACAAGCAGAAAUCACGGAAACAUGAUAGGCAAUACUAAGAAAUACAGAUACACACACCAAGUAUGGUGGGUUGAAUCUAUUUACUACCAAAAUAAAAGCAUAGAAGUAAACUUGGAAUUUACA